CUGCCCCGCCCCCGGCGGAUCUGCGCACGCGCGGGGGCCAUAUUAGCAGCGGAUACUCGGGCACUGUCGGUGUGUCUUUCUCGCGGAGAAAGGUGCUCGGUAUCGGUCUCCACGCUUCAGCGUCUUCCCUCCGGAAUUAUCAUAAACAUAAGAAAACAUGUCUCGAAGAUAUGACUCCAGGACCACUAUAUUUUCUCCAGAAGGUCGCUUGUACCAAGUUGAAUAUGCCAUGGAAGCUAUUGGACACGCAGGCACCUGUUUGGGAAUUUUAGCAAAUGAUGGUGUUCUGCUUGCAGCAGAGAGACGCAACAUCCACAAGCUUCUUGAUGAAGUCUUUUUCUCCGAAAAAAUUUAUAAACUGAAUGAGGAUAUGGCCUGUAGUGUGGCAGGCAUAACUUCUGAUGCUAAUGUUCUGACGAAUGAACUGAGGCUCAUUGCGCAAAGGUAUUUAUUACAGUAUCAGGAGCCGAUUCCUUGCGAGCAGUUGGUCACAGCACUGUGUGAUAUCAAACAAGCUUAUACACAGUUUGGAGGAAAACGUCCUUUCGGUGUUUCAUUGCUUUACAUUGGCUGGGAUAAGCACUAUGGCUUUCAGCUCUAUCAGAGUGAUCCUAGUGGAAAUUAUGGAGGUUGGAAAGCCACAUGCAUUGGAAAUAAUAGUGCUGCAGCUGUAUCAAUGUUAAAACAAGACUACAAAGAAGGAGAAAUGACUUUGAAGUCAGCACUUGCUUUAGCUAUCAAAGUCCUAAAUAAGACCAUGGAUGUUAGUAAGCUCUCUGCUGAAAAAGUGGAAAUUGCCACACUAACAAGAGAGAAUGGAAAGACUGUCAUCAGAGUUCUCAAACAAAAAGAAGUGGAACAGUUGAUCAAAAAACAUGAGGAAGAAGAAGCUAAAGCUGAGCGUGAGAAGAAAGAAAAAGAACAGAAAGAAAAGGAUAAAUAGAAGACAAAAUCAGGGAUUUUAUAACUCAUUUGGGGAACCGUUUCAGUGUAAAGGCUGUCCUACUCUUCCACAUUGAGAAAGCUUUGACUUUUUUAACUUGUCUAGUGGGAAAAUAGGAUGGUACCAACUGAAUUGGGUCCUUGUUAUUUCUGUCCAGGUGAAUAUUGUAAUAAUGAUUACUCUUUAUGGACAUCUUAAUCACCCUCUCCCUCCUCUUUUUUGAAUAAAAUUUGGAGAGAAUGGAAA